UUAUCUUCUGACAACUGCGACACAACACCAUUUUAGUUGUACAUGCUGGAUCAUUUUGAAUCAUAACGGAAUAACUCAAUGGAUUAUUAAUUAUGAGGGGCUGAGGAGAGCGAAGUACCACUUUUUUACAAACUCCUGGAAGCCUUUGAGUCAGAAUGAUGGAACAGGAUGAAUCAAUAGACUUUAAAACCCUGAAGGCACGGUUCCAGGGUGAAAACGGUCUGAAGAUCCAGACUAAACCUGCACUCCCAGAUAAACCCAAAACCAUCCCUCCAUCAACAAAAGUCAGCAAUCCCAUGAUCUCAUCCAUCAAUACUGCUGUGCAAAAAGGGACAUUUCAAGCACCACGUGUCGUCUUCAAACAAGACAAAAAUCUAAAUCGCCAGCUCUCUUCACCUGGGGGAUUAAAGACUAGAGAGAACCAACCCAUCAAUAAUGGUGAACUGCUGGAUAAUAUGCAGAAGGAGGUCAACACUGUUAAGCAGAAUCUGAAAGACAAGAAUCUUCUGCUGGUUCUGCCCGUAGCUCCAAAAGCCAAAACUCCAGAGCCUGAUUCCAGCCCACGUACACCUGUGUCCACUUCACCAGUCAAAGUGACGAAACCCGAAAAGUUUGUAUUUACCCCUCAAAAAACUAGCAAAGAUGAAUGUGAGAAAAUAGACCCUGUGAAAGAGGUAGACACUACCAAAAAGUCUCUGAAGGACAGGAAUUUUCCAAUGGUUCUGCCAGUGGCUCCGAAAAAAGCUGAAAGCCCAGAACCUGAACCCAGCCCACUUACACCUGUGUCCAUUCCACCAACCAAAGUGUCCACAACCAAGAGUUUUGUAUUUACUCCUCAAAAAACUAACCAAGAUGAGAAUGAGAAGGCAGACACAGUAAAUGAGGUCGACAUUACCAAAAAGUCUCUGAAAGAGAGCAAUCUUCCACUGGUUCUGCCAGUGGCUCCAAUAAAAGCGGAUACCACAGAGCCUGAACCCAGCCCCUAUAGACCUCGGGAUUCCACACCCAAGACUUUUGUGUUUACCACUCAAACAACUAGCAAAGAUGAGAAUGAGGAAGCAGAUACAGUGGAAAGACCACCACCAGCUAGUCAUACCCCUGCUCCAAGUCACCCAGCUCCUGCUGGGCCAUCUGUAACAGCGAAUCCCCCUACUCAAAGUGUUCCUGUUGUCCCUAAGGCUGUUGUACCUUCUCAGACAUCGACUGGAACACCUCCUAGAGUACUAUGGUAUUUUUAUCUGAUAGAUCUGAUACAGUACCAUAAGUGA